AUAAAAAUUAAUGGUAAUAUUUAAAAAGGUGGAAAAAUAAAAGCAACGUACUUGUUUGAAAUCAAUAUGGAUUGUGAAACGAAUUUAAACAGUUUGGAUUAUUCAGAUAAGAAAUCUGUAAAAUUCAUUAAUUUGAAUAAAAGUUGUUUUAAUUUUCGUAACAUCAAAGUAGAAGAUAUCAAUCCAAAAUGGGGGACAAAGGAAUUUUUUAAGAAACCGACAUCAAUAACUUUAAAACAAAACGUAUCUUUUAGGGAGUUUUUACAAACAGAACUUACUCGUGGAUAUCAACUUCAUUAUGACGAAGCACAGUUUUCAGCACGACGAGAAAAAAUUUAUUCAUUUAUGAAAAUUCCUACCGAAGUUGAGAAAUUUAUGACAUACGGUUUUUUUCAAUGUGCAGACUCAUUUUUGUUUAUCUACACAUUUUUACCAUUGAGAUUUAUAAUUGCUUUGUGGGCUAUUAUAAUAAGACCUUUAAAAAAUUAUUUAGGAAACAGUGAUUAUAGAAGAAAAAAUGAUGGAUUAUUAAGACCUGCUGAAAUAUGUGAUCUGUUAAAAGGGGUAAUAGUUUUAGGUUGUUUUGUAAUGACGUGGAAAGUUGAUACUUCAAUGAUGUAUCACUUAGUUAAAAGUCAAUCAGUUAUAAAACUCUACAUAUUUUAUAAUAUGCUAGAAGUUGGAGAUCGUCUUUUUAGUGCUUUUGGUCAAGACACAAUAGAUGCAUUGUUUUGGACUGCAACAGAACCAAGAUCUAAAAACCACACAGUUCAUUCUCAACAUCUUGGAACUUUACCUCACCUAUUGUUUGCUUUGACAUAUGUCUUAUUACACAGCAUUUUAGUACUUUUUCAAGCAACUACUUUAAAUGUUGCUAUUAAUAGUAGUAAUAAGGCUCUUUUAACUAUAAUGAUGUCUAAUAAUUUUGUUGAGUUAAAGGGUUCUGUAUUCAAAAAAUUUGAUAAAAAUAAUUUAUUUCAAUUAUCAUGUAGUGAUAUAAGGGAACGUUUUCAUUUAAGUAUGUUGCUUCUUGCUGUUAGUUUACAAACCAUGAAAGAAUAUGCUUGGCGUGGUGAUCGUCUUGCAGUUCUUCUUCCAGAUUGUGUAUUACUUUUAUUUGCUGAGGUCCUUGUUGACUGGGUAAAACAUGCAUUCAUUACACGUUUUAAUGAAUUAAGAUCAACCGUUUAUAGAGAAUAUACCAUUAGCCUAGCUUAUGAUAUGGCGCAAACAAGACAAGAAACAGCUUUUUCAGAUCCUUCGGAUUUAGUAGCCAGACGUAUGGGUUUUAUUCCACUUCCACUAGGAGUAGCUAUAGCUCGUGUUCUCUGUUCGACGUUAACUUCGUCAUCAAAACCAGCCAAUAUUUUGCUUUUAUUUUUAGCAUAUUUCAUUCUCAUAUCAUUAAGAAUAUUAAUAAAUUUAAUGAUAUUAGGACAUGCAUGUGAUCUUAUAAAUACACAUGCUUAUUCAAAUAAAUUUAUUAAAAAAAAUAAUAUUGACCAAAAAAUGGACUGUUUUUAUACUGAUACACAAAAUAUUUCUACUAUUAAUCAAAAUAUUGCUACAGCAAUAUAUUCCAAUAGUUCUGUAAAUCUAAACAAUAUCUGUUUAAAUGAUGCAUUAUUAAAAUUAGAGAAAACUGAAAAUAAUAAUAGGACUACAAAUUCAGAAAUAAUAUAUUUACAGCAAUCAGAUAAUUUUUCAGUACGUUUUACAAAUGUUAUUAGAGCAGGGAGUGAACCUAUAUUACGGCAAUAAUCAACCCUUAUUAGUGCAGUAUAUUAUAUAUAAACUAUUGAUCAUUACAUUAAACCAACUAAAUAUUGUAUACAACAUGAAU